UGUGCAGAUACAUGUAUGAGGGAGAUGGAGUGACGGGGGGUGAGACGGGAGAAAACAGGAGAGAGAGAGAGAGAGAGAGAGAGAGAGGACUACAUAUCAGAUCCACACAGAGAGCUUCCUUUCACAGGAAAACACACUCCUUCACUCCUCCUGUGAGGUUGGAACAACUGGAUCGCAAUGCGCCUCGGCGCCAAUGACCAAUUACGAGCGAGCCAGCAAUUACAAUCUUUGAGGUUCCGGACACGCGCUGACCUGUCAUCCUGUCACGCUUUCAGUGGACACAAUUUUUAGGCUAUUUCCCCAUCAGCCUUUUUUUAAGCGUAGCGCGUCGCUUCUGUGGAUUGUAUGCAGGAGGCUGGGUCUUGAGGACGGAGUGCGUCAAGUGAGCGCACGUAUCCAACAAGUGGAUGCAUGAAAUUUGCUAGCAGCUGACAACCGGUGGGACUAAACGCACCAACAGUCAGUGGAUUGAUAACCCACGAAUCUGUGUAUCGACUGUUUUACCACAGAGCCAAAUCACCUGCAGUCAUUAGCUCAGAUGUGGAGCUCGCCUUGGUUGAUGGUGAUGUAUGUACGCAUGUGCACGUUGUCUCGGUCUGAGGUAGUUUUUAUAUGUAGUGACUUUGUGUAUUAAUCAGGAAACUGUGUUUUUUAAGCUCACAACAAAACUGCAAUGAGGUAAGACACCCCACACAUUUUUUUUUUCUUGCUCAUCCGUCGUUCACCAAAAGCAAGAUUUUGGCGGACACGCUGCGGAAUCCACCUCACCCCUCUUCUCCAUCCAUGGACUUGUUUCUCCGUUCCCUCGGUGACCGUGGGGGGAAGUUGGGAUCCUCUCUGUAGACAUUUCUGUAUGACGAGGGCGCAGGUGGCUGCCAAAGGUCGCAGUCAUGCCGAUGCACCCAGUCACCUCCACGUUGAUGUACCGGGGGAUCUGCACCAUCCCCGACAUCCUCUCCUACAGCGCACCGGUUAACCUGCCCGAAGACGAAGUUGAAGAGAUACGCGAGGCCUUCAAAGUGUUUGACCGCGAUGGAAAUGGGUUCAUCUCAAAACAGGAGCUGGGGAUGGCCAUGCGCUCUCUGGGCUACAUGCCAAACGAGGUGGAGCUUGAGGUCAUCAUCCAGAGACUGGACAUGGAUGGGGACGGACAGGUGGACUUUGAGGAGUUUGUCACUCUUCUGGGCCCAAAGCUGACGGCAGCAGGGUUGCCAGAUAAGUUCAACGGCACUGACUUUGACUCUGUUUUUUGGAAGUGUGACAUGCAGAAGUUAACGGUUGAAGAGCUGAAGAGGCUUCUGUAUGACACCUUCUGCGAUCACCUUUCAAUGAAAGACAUUGAGAACAUCAUCAUGACUGAGGAGAACCACAUAGAGAACCCUGAGGACUGCCAGGUGGAUAUAGACAGUUCCAGCCCAACGCAACAAGUCAAGCAAACUUGUGUGCGCAAGAGCCUGAUAUGCGCCUUUGCCAUCGCUUUCAUCAUCAGUGUCAUGCUCAUCGCAGCCAAUCAGGUGCUGCGGAGUGGCAUGAAAUAAGAGCAGCAGCAUUUUCAGCCUUGGCCACCACCUAAAGGCUGCCUUACAGACAACUGACUGAGUAGAUCAAGCUAAAAAGAAAAGAAAACAAAAGAAAAACACAAAACACGAAAACAACAGACAAUCACACAGCUGUAAAACAGGACGGCAUGUGACUGCACACAAUAACCGGAGUCACCAUGGACACUACAUGUGCAGGAAUGUGUCUUGGGGUCAGAGAUGAGUUUCAAGGAUAAUGGGACCUCACAACGAGACAGCGGUGUGUUUGAAAUACAUAUCACUCUUCGUAAACAACAUUUAGUAUUCAUUAGCUAUGUGCAUUUGUUGCAUUCAGUCUGGUGGCAGCUAUAGAGAGAAAUGUAGUGACUGUCCAGUUCUGUAUUUGUCCAGUGUACCAUGCAGUUUAGUAUAAAUGAGUAGAAAGAAAUCUGUGAUGUAUUGUGGGUACAACGGAGAAAAUGUAUUCUUGAGGCUGGAAAGGUCUGCAGUGCACGGUGUUGUGGAGAUAAUGUAUGUGGUGCAACAUUGCUCAAAAAACCACUUGAGAAUAACAAUAGCUUGGUGAGGAACAGAUAAAAUGGUUCACAGGGAGGUGUAUGUGAUUGUGUGGAUGGGUUCACUCAUUCACAGGCUGCAAGACUUCAGUCUUAGAAGGAUGGAGGUGAAGGGUGUUAACAGUUCUGGGGAGAAAGGUGUUUCGGUCUGGAUGGACAGGUAACUGGCUGGAAAGUGGCUGGACGUGCAGUAUUCACUUCACUCUCUCUGUCUCCACAGUGAGGCUUCGCAGGCCUCAGAGGAUGACCAUCAUCUAUGCAUGAAAUGCAUGGAUCUAAACAGUUGUCUUGACACAUCUGUAAAAGUUCUUAUCAGUGUAUUAGUCAUUAUGACUGUGUAACAGAGCUGUUUUCAAUUACUUCAUGACAACUGUGAGCAAUUGUGUGUGGUGCGGGGUAUCAGCAAUCACAACAUAAGUAAAGCAUACAACUGCAUGAAAAAGAAGGGCUGCUUUAGUACAUGCUCGUAAAAAUGAGUUGCAGGAUUGCUAAGCUGUGGGCCUUGUGCUGCACCCGGUGUCCGAUGAUCAUCUCUCACUGCCACUCAAGAGCAAAACAACUUCAAGAUAUGUGCACUCAACCAUUUAAAGAAUAUGCAUCAAAACUGAUCUGGUUCAUAGUGCUGAUACAAAUGAGCAGGAAUGUAUUUUGUUCUUUUUUAAAAAUUUCUUUUUCAUCUGGAUGCAUUGCUAUGGAGCAAUAAAUGUGUGUAAAAUAGACAUCUGACAAUGCUUUUAACAGACAUGAAUCUUCAAAAACAAUAGCAACAAUGGACCUACUAUCUGCUGAGGUCAGAAAAUUUUCUAUAGCACUUUUCAAAUUAAGGUUUUGGCAAUACAACAGAGACGCUGGUCUGAUGUUCAAACAGGGUACAACCCUUUGAUUCAGUGAGAUACGACGGAAACCUGUAAGUCAGAAAUCGGCCACUGAUGUUUUCACAGUGGCCAAUUUCAAAGUGGUGUAAAUUGUUGCAAUAAAAGAUGAAUAUCUGUGAAGCAUCACAUGAACGUGAUUGGGUGUAGUAUAGAUUGUUGUGCAUGCAUCUAGGUUAGGUCUGUCAAUAUCAAUGUGUGUUGUGCAUAUACACCAACUUGAACCAAAGCUUUGGAGGAAUCAGCAACAACAGCACUGGGCCACAUGAAGAUAAAAUUAACAUUUGAAUUAUACUGAAGUACCAGAAGUCAAAGGCAUUUGUUUUAAAACCAAAUUUGAAUUUUCAACAGGACUGCCACAUGUUCAGAAAGUCAAAAUGAAAAAAAACAAAAACAAAAAAAAAACACUGCGAUAUAGAAAACAAAAUAAUUCACAUCUUAUGAAUAUCCCUUUUUAGGAUGGCUAUUGGCAGCUCCCCAAACUUGGAUCUCAUACAAGAAGCAGAACCUCACAGGGGCAACAAAAUUAGACUAUUCUAUCGCCCAGAGCCAGACGAGCUAACGAUUAUCUGAUGCACCCGGGCAAUUUGUCAGAAGUGUCAACUCUGUGGGGAACAUACUCAGAAAAAGAGAAAAGAAAAAGCCCAUUCAAUAACAAAUACCUUUGUUUCCAUUUUGCACUUUAAGAUGUGCUGCAGCGCACAACAACAACUCACCGCCAUGAUUGUUCAUCCAUUUCCAGAUAUAGUUUAGGCAUAAAGACUUACUUUACCAUAGAUGUAUCUAUUUUUGUGAUAAGAAUGUGAUGGAUUAGAAUAAUAACUGACUGACA